AUGUCUUUUCCACCUCGGCCUCCGAUGGUACCUUACGGCAUAGCACCAGGAGUCGUCACAAUGCCCAUGGCAACACACGUAAUGGUGGGCGCGUAUGGCACUAGUAACGUCAGUAGUGGUCGCUCGGCCUUACUGCCAGCCCCCGUACAACCUCCUGCCCCCGGGAAGACUCUCCAGAGACAGAGAUCAACCAACGGAGCUAAGGAUGACGGACCACCAGUUACUGUGUUUAUAGGCAACAUCUCGUCCCGCGCCCCGGACGCCAUGAUCCGCGCGCUGCUCGCGGCCUGCGGGCCGGUGGUCAGCUGGAAGCGAGUCAGUACGUUCGGCUUCUGUGAGUUCCUGGGCCCGGAGGCGGCGCUCAGGUGUGUGAGACUGUUACACGACAGACCGCUGGCGGAGAGGAGGCUGCUGGCCCGGACGGACGGGAAGAUGCAGGCGCUCGUUGAUACCUACAAGACGGAGCAACGUUCCCGUCUAGAGGAGUCAGCCCCGGACGGGUCGUACCUGGACGCGGCGCAGAGAGCCUUGGACGAGGCCGCGGAGAGGAGGCUGGAGCAGCUGUACACGGACUACCAGGACGACAUUAACAACUACGAGCUGCUGCAGAAAGAGGAGGCGAUCUCUAAGACGGCGCGCGUGUUGGAGGAGGCCGACAUCUCGGAGGAGAAGAGGGACGUGAUACAUCGAGAGAUCGGCAAGUUCCGCGAGAGUAUGAAGUCUUUAAGCCACGUGUUAACGAGAGCUCGGUCGGCCGGCGCCCGGCGCGCGUCGUCUCGUCGUGCGUGUCGUCGCGGGAUCGUCUCGCGGUCGUCGCCGGCUCGUCGGUCUGUCAGUCCGCAGGUGAAGCCGGUCUCCGGGACCAGCGAUGAGGAGGCCGAGGUGGUGGUGCGACGGAAAAGAGACAAAGAUGACAAGGGGGAGAGAGACAGAGAUAGAGAGAGGGACAGAGACAAGGAUAAGGAACGAGACAGAGACAAGGAGCGGGAGAGAGACAGGGACAGGGACCGCGAGCGAGAGAGAGAGAGGGACAGAGACAGGGAGAGGGAGAGGGACAGAGACAGAGAGAGGGAGCGGGACAGAGACAGGGACAAGGAUAAGGACAGGCGGCGCAGGAGUCACUCCAGAAGCAAGGAUCGACGCGAGGAGAGGGAAAAAGAACGGGAGAGGGAGAGGGAGAGGGAGGAGCGGGACAGAGAGAGGGAGAGAGAGAAGGAGAGGGAGAGAGAACGAGAGAGAGAGAGGGAGAGGGAAAGAGAACGGGAACGAGAAAGAGAGAUUCGCGAGCGGGAAAGAGAAAGAGAACAACGAGAGAGGGAGAGAGAAAGAGAUAGGGAGAGAGAGAGGGAGAGGGAACGGGAAAGAGAACGAUCCAGAGAGAGGGAGCGAGAUAGAGAGAGAUCACGAGGACGGAGCGAGGCGGACGGACGGAGAGAGAAGGAGAUAGAAGAGGAGAACAGAGAUAAGAAGAGACUGGAGAAGAAGGCGAGGGAGAAGGAGGCCGCGUACCAGGAGAGGUUACGUAACUGGGAGAGUCGGGAGAGACGCAAGGCGAAGGAAUACGAGAGAGAGAAAGAGAGGGAGAGAUGCAGAGAAGAGGUGAGGGAGAGAGAGGCGAAGAGACUCAAACAGUUCCUGGAGGACUACGACGACGAGAGAGACGACCACAAGUAUUACAAGGGUAAGGAACUCCAAAGACGUCUCGGAGUCCGCGUACGAGAGGCUGAGGCUGACGCGAGGGAGAGGAGCAAGGAACAACAGGAACUAGAAGAACUGAAGAAGAAGAUAUACGGAGACAGAGGGGACGAUGACCCCGCGGCCAGGAGCGACUACGAACGGGCUCGGGCUGAGAGAGACGAGAUGUACACACCGAGACUACUGGUGGACGCGAGGCUGGAGCACCACCAACAGAGACAGAGAGAGGACGACCGAGCGAGACAGAGAGAGGACGACCGGCGGGAGGGGAGGGAGAGGCUGGCCAGGGACAGGGAGCGGUACCUGCGCGCACAGGCCACCAGGGAGAUACCCACCGAGGCAGAGAACAUAGACUCGGAUGACAGCGGGGGAGCGGAGGGCGGGGAGGCGGCGCACGAGUCACCCGCCAUGGAGGUGGAGUCACCGGUGGGGUCACUGACCCCGCCCGCACCCGACGACACGCGCCGGAGACACAAGAGACACAAGAGACGGGCCGAGAACACGCCGCGGACACCCGCCGCCGGGGACACGCCGCCGCGACACGGAAGUGACGGAGGCAGCACGCCCCCCCGGCCGCCGUCUCCCUCACACGAGCGGUACAACAGCUCGGUCCCGCCGGUGAGCGUCCAGUCAGCUCCGGUCGAGGCCACGUCACCCAUCAGUAUCAGCUUCAGGAACAGACACAGCCCCUCCAGGGAACUGACCAGAGGUGACCGUCGCGGGGUGCUGGCGGCCUUCGCUGACGACGACGACCAUAGAGUGAAAGAGAAGAAAGAAAAAAAGAAACCGGAAGAAAACAAAUGUGCGGAGGAGAAGAGGAGACAUAUAAAGAGUUUGAUAGAUAAGAUACCCACACAGAAGGAGGAGCUGUUCAGAUACGAACUGGACACGGAACAGAUCGACAACACGCUCAUGGACAAGAAGAUACGGCCCUGGAUCAACAAGAAGAUCAUAGAGUACAUCGGGGAGCCGGAACCCACGCUCGUGGACUUCAUAUGUAGCAAGGUACUGGCGGGCAGCCGGCCGCAGGGGAUACUGGACGACGUGCAGAUGGUGUUGGACGAGGAGGCGGAGGUGUUCAUAGUGAAGAUGUGGCGCUUACUGAUAUACGAGCUGGAGGCCAAGAGGGCCGGCCUGCACAAGUAG